CCGAUUCAGUAUCUGCUUGGGUCUCGUGAGGGAGGGUCGCGUGAAAAUGACUGGCGUUGAUGAAAUACUAAACUAUCAAAGGAACCCUAACGACGAUUUCUACGGUUUGCUGGGCUGUGACGAAAACUCCAGCGCUGAGCAGAUCAUUGCUGAGUACAAGGUGCUGGCUUUGCAGUACCACCCUGACAAGAACGAUGGGGACAAGGAAGCUGAAGCCAAGUUCCAGCAACUAAAGGAGGCGAAGGAGACGCUGUGCGAUCCGUCUAAGCGUGCUCUGUACGACAAGUGGCGUCACAGCGGCAUCGCCAUGGGCUAUAAGCAAUGGCUGGGCAUGAAGGACCAUGUGCAGCAGUCCAUGCACUGGAGCAAGCCUAACACCAAGGAUCGCAUGCUUGAGGGAGAGUGUGGCCGUGCUUCGGGCCCCUCCAGCCUGGGGCCCAGCAACCCGGCAGCUCGCAGGGCCUCCGAGGGCGGCGCCGCUCUCUGGGGCCGCUGGGGAACUGGCAACCAAGAACCUCCCUCUGAGGUCAUUUCCAAGUUCCGCAACUAUGAAAUCUAAACCCCAAUAGUCCCACUCUUCGGCUAGUCAUGUCUUAACCGACUUGACAAGGUCAAAUCCCGGGACUGUUUCUUAUUUAUUUAUUUUUGAAAAGAGGUUACUUGUGCCCUAAUCUCUUUAUUUUAUUAGCAUUUCUUAUGUA